UUGCUCGUGACACUCGUUUGAAACUGUAAAAUGUCGCAACAAUCGCUCGCAAACUGUAACAGCCUGUUUUUGAUGGCAGCAUUUGUGAUUGCUGCGGGCAUAUUUGGAGUGACGGAAGCCUCUAGCCAAAUAGAUGUUGAUCAGGACUUGAAACACUUAAUCGGUCGCUGUCACAGAGAUCCAGGGAAUCCGGAUGAAUACAAUGAUUGCAUGAAACAGGUGUUUAACGAUUUGCGAGCUUAUUUCACAACAGGUGUGCCCAGUUACAACAUCCAGCCCUUUGACCCCCAUCAGUCGCCCUACGUCGAACUGCGUCGCGGUGAUCCACAUGGACCGGGCAGCUUUAAGUUGGUUUUGCGCAACGUCUCCGAAUACGGCUGGUCGCGCUCCGAGGUGACCAAAUUUCACAGCGAUGCCGAAGAUCACCGCAUUGUCUAUGCGCAAUACUUUCCCGAGAAAAGUUUAGAGGGCGAGUACGAAUUUGUGGCCAAGCUGCUGGGCACAGAGCUGCGACGUCAGGGCCACUGGAAUAUGACCCUCUACGACUACAGUCAAACGACGAGCGUGCGGCGAGUGGGCGAUCCGGGGUCAUUGCUGAAAGUACAUGUCGAGGUUGAUCGCAUUGGUGGCAUGGAGAUGCACAUUGGCAAUCUGUUGCAGGGUCAGUCAUUGAAUCAAGUCGCUGACGGAGUCAUAAACAGCAUGUGGCAGCUGGGACUGCCAUUUGUGCGGCCAAUGAUCAAUGAGCUGGUGAGCACGGCGUUCACAGAUAUAUUCAACGAAUCAUUUCGUCACUUUCCGCUCGAGAAGUUUCUCAGCUAGUUUAUCAAAGAGUUUAUACAUAUUUGUCACCAGAUGUGCGUGUGUUCUAGUUGUGUGUAAUAAUAAAAGUGCAGGUUGUGUAAAGAUCUAAA